UCCUCUCGCACAUUACUGUCCUCUCUGGCGGUGAUGCAAAACCUGAGAGCCGCCGCUUGGCCGCCCUACCUGGAAUGGAUUUAGAGGAAGCUUUUCAGGUUGUCGGCGAGUUUGGACCUUACCAGAAGCGGGCAGUGUCUGUCCUUGUUCUGACACAGGUGUACAUGGCCUGUCAGUCCAUGCUGAUUGUUCUGAUUGGAUUCACGCCACAGUAUCGCAUCGAGCAGCAGGACGGUGUCCCAUCCAACCAGCAGGAGCUCCUCCAACACGUCACCUUUACCGAGGACGUCGACUCCAUAGUGACAGAGUGGUUUCUCAUCAAGCAGCAGGCAUAUAAGGUCAGCCUAGCUGGAUCGUUGUUCUUCGCCGGGCUUCUGGUCGGGAACAUCAUCUUUGGGCCGCUCUCUGACAGGAUCGGCAGGAGACCUGUCUACUUGACAUGUCUGUUUUUUGAGGUGGUCUUUGGUUACGUGACCGCCUUGGCCCCCAGCUAUGAGGUCUUCGCCCUGUCUCGUUUCCUGGUGGGGCUGAUGAAUGGCGGCAUCAAUGUCUCCUGCUUCGUUCUCACUCAGGAGUACGUGGGCAAGUCCUACUGGGCCAUGACUGGGACGUUAGUCAACAUGAGUUUUGCAGUCGGCAUCGCCCUGUUUGGAGCUCUGGGCUACCUCGUCCGGCCGUGGAGGAACCUGGCCAUAGUCGCCAACUCAUCUGGUGUCCUGUUCUUCCUGCUGUCUGUAGCUCUUCCAGAGUCUCCUCGUUGGCUGUAUUCUCAGGGUCAGACGGAGCGAGCUGAAGAGGUUCUGCGCUACAUGGCGCUGAGGAACGGCAACACUGCCAACAACCUGAUGCUGCAACGUGUCGGUGCUGCAAAGGCCGGUAACCGCAACAACAGGAGAGCGGGUGUCCUGCAGCUGGUGAUCCAUCCAGUCCUCCGUCUGAGGACCAUGGUGCUCAUGUUUGUCUGGUAUGCGUGCAGUCUGGUGUACUAUGGUCUGACUCUGGGGGCCAGUGACACAUCUGGUAGCCGUUAUGUCAACGUAGCCAUGUAUGGCCUGGUGGAGCUGCCUGCCUACCCGCUCUGCAUAUACUUCAUCAACAAACACUGGGCUGGGAGGAGGAAAAGCAUGGCCAGCUUCCUGUGUCUGGCUGGCUCCGCCUGCCUCUGCACCAUGUUCAUCCCUGAAAACACAGGGACGUUGCUGAGCGUUACAUCGUUGGCGCUUCUGGGAAAACUAAUGGUCAGUGCAGCGUUCAACAUCGCCUACGUCUACACCUCUGAACUCUACCCAACUGUUAUCAGGAACGCUGGUUUGGGCGUUUGUUCCAUGUCGUGCAGAGUUGGAGGAAUCCUCGCACCGUUUGUUCCUUCCAUGCGGGCUCUCCACGCGUCCAUGCCCUUCACUGUGUUCUGUCUGAGCGGCCUGUCUGCAGGCUGUCUGGGCCUCCUGCUGCCUGAAACCCUCAACAGACCUGCAGCAGAGACUCUGGAGGAGCUCAGCAGCCCGACCCACAGCCGAGUGCUGGAGAGCAAGGCUCUUUUAUAUGAAGAUGACAAAUGAAAAAUCAAAGCACAAAUGAAGCCAGCGGCCUCCAGUCGUCAUCACCGGAGCAGCUCAGAGCAGCGGCACAGAUUGUCCUCACCUCAUUCCUUAAUAUGGAACUACUGCCUCAAAAAACGGUGAACUGACCUUUUAAAUUAACUUGAGGGACCGAUCACCGUGUUUACGUCUGUGAACUCUGACAUUUCAACUGGGGUGUGGGAAGUAGAUGCUGCCUUCAGAGAGUGUGCGUAACGGACCAGACGGUUCCUCAUGUAUGUAAUUUUACAGAAACAGUCGAACAGUCGACCCCGAUCCUUUUAUUUAAUUUCCUGAAUAUCGUCAUGGUGCUUGUGCCUUACUCGGAGGUUGACAGCCGAGAGAGGCAGCAAAGAUAUGACUGAACUGAUUCAUGACUGCCAUUACAUUUCAGAGAUGGCGGGAGGUUGGAAAACCAAACUUGCUGCCAGUGACAGUUCCCAAAACAGAGUUAUCUGACAUGACGCCACACAUUUUUAGUUUACACAUGUGCAGUUUUUCUUAAAAUACAGUGAAGUUAGAAUUUUUUAGGAGUGCAUUUAUUUCCAGGAGGAAAUGAGCCCGAUGCUCUUGUGUCUCUGGCAGCGUCUCUAGCUCCGUCCUGUACACACGCUAAAGUGUUAGCAUGCAGUUGCUAAGAGUAGACACACACUAAUUGGGGAUUGUUUACAGAUUUGAUUGGGUACAACGUUAGCUGUUGUCAUGGGAACAGGAGCUGAGUUUGACACAUGUUGUCAAAAUUAAAAUCUAGCUGAAUGUUUUUUUGGGUGUCCGACACUGUAAAAGGUCACAGUACAUGUUCAAACCUGUGACUAUGAGUAUGUUUACAUGCACGGUUUUCAAAGCAAGUGGACCCUUUUCCAGUUGACCUAUUAUUAUGUCUCAGACCAAACAAUCAACAAACAAGUGAGCUACGGUUAGAUAGCGGCAAACUGGUACCAUGGUGGACAACUGUACAGCUCUGUUCAUUUCGUACGUCAGAAAACGCACAGCUCUGGAUGUAGAUUUUGCCAUGUUGUUCCUGGCUUCUUCUUCUUCUGUCAGGCAUUUAAUGCUAUUCGACUUCUGGGAAGAAUUCAACUCCCAUUACCUAGGUGUGUUAGUCGGACUUUGACAAAUUCAAUUUAGUGUGAUUACAGUUGGACUAAAAUGUUUAUAUGUAUUUUAAAAGUCUGGUUUUAGUCGGACUAAGACAAUACAUUUUCUCUAAUGUCGUGUAAACAUACUGACUGAAACUAAGUCCUUGUCAAGCAAGAGUGACGAUUCUCACUUGACCAAUCAAUGGACUGCACAAACUGAACUCAGCUGAACAGGAUUGCUUGGUGAAAACGAGAGUCUUGACGCCAAGCACAUUACCCUGCUGAUCCAUCAGGGCACCGUCAUACAGGACGUAGUUUAAGUUUUCUGUGCAGCAGGUUUCACUCAUCAGAGUUUUAGCUCUUUGUGUAGAUGACAGGAAGACCCGUCACUUUUUUAGCAAUAGAGUUUAAGUUAUACAUUCUUGUGGCAUAGAGGUGAAGUCACAUUACACUCAGUCAGAGUUUACCUUUGUUCUACUUCGAUUGGUGGACAGUGAUCCCCUGAACAGAAAACUAACUGGAGACUCUCAGACAUAUAUACAUUUUGAAAGAUCUUGUUAUCCCAGUUGGUUGUGACACAAGUUCUUUAGAGACAUUAGGGACCAAUAUGAAUCUCUUGUAGGUUAUUUAAAUCAGAGGGCACUAACAGAGAUCAAAUUUUCACGAGCCUUUAUUACAGUUAAAUUAGGGUGACAACACUGGACACAACUUUAUCACUCUUAAACUGUACCGUGCCAGCAAGAAAUAUAAAUGAAUAAGUAACAAGCAAAGAAAAUAAAACACAAUGCCCGGCAGUCAGCUUUUUAAUAAACUCAUCAAAGCUUUAAUCAUUUCAUCAUCAUUUGAUGCAAAAUCAUGCAACACUACAACCUGAGGGUCGGUCACGAGCUGAAGGCGGGAGUUUUUGGACCUUGUGGGGGAAUCAGUAUUAUUGUGUAGGUCAGAUUGUUUUUUUUUUUACUUCAGCUUUAUUACUAUUAUUAUCCCGAAGGAAAUGUGAUCUGCAGCAGGCAUCGAGACACCAGAAAUACGUAAAGUACAACAUCAGAAACAAAUACAACACUGACUGCAUGAAGAGAAGCUGGUGACAAGUGGGUCCAAUACAAGUCAGUCAUUUCACCCCCAGCUGUGGGCUGAGUUAUGUUUAUUUUCUCUUAUCAUGUAUGGAGGGGUUUAAAGGCCAAAACUAAAAUAUAAAUGAUUAUCUAAUUAAAUGCUUAAACAGAUGAAUAAAUGUAUAAAUAUAUUGCUGGACAAGUUUGACAAGAAGAAACAUAGCGACGCUGGUUCUGUUUAGCGGGGUGCAGCAGUUUUUCUGCGUCAAUAGAGCGACAAGAAUGAAUUUGGACCAAAAAAGAAAAUUAUGCUUUUGACCGAUGUCUGAGCCCCAUUUUAACAUCACAUUUCACCACCCCAUAGUAUCCUUAUGUGCACUGCAAUGCACAGAAGGACAUUUCCUGUGAUCUUUUCUGGCCAACAAUAAUUCAUUUCAAUUUAAAAAUACAUCAGCAACCAGCUUAUCUUUGUUUUUUCCCAAAUCUGUUUAACGUUAAAACAGAACUAAGGAGGAAGCAAAUCUGGUUCAAGUUAAUAAUCUGACAUUUGAGUGACUCCUUCUUUACAACAGUGAUUCCCAACUGGUUGGUCCCGCUCCAAAAGUGGGUCCUGAGGGUAUUCUGAAUGGACCACAAGUGACUCACAAAUGUUUUAUAUGUAUUAUAUGAUUAUUGAUGUAUUUAUAUUUAGUUUCAGCCCUUAAACCCUCUAUGAACCUCAAGGUCUGUGUGUGUGUUUAUGUGUGUUUUGGAUGCAGUCUUUGCCUCUUAACAAAUCUGUAAUUGAUGAAAAGUCUCAGACACACAUUUAUGUAAAAGAGUAAACAGAAUUUACACAUAGUGUCAGCAGCAAAGCAAGAGGUGCUAACAGAAAUCAACCUUCAGUCAAAACCACCACUCUUCUUCUUCUGUGUGUGUGCAUCAAAUGAUUUUAUCACUGCCGUCUGUGCCUUUAACUCCGAAGUUCAGAUUUCAGAUGUGAAAUGUUGACAAUAAAUCCUAUGUAAGAUAUAAUUUAGAUGUAAAUAGAGAUAUGAAGAUAUUAGUCGACUGAGAUGUUUUAUAUGACAUCAUUUUGUAUGGUGUAUACAAUCAUGCUAUUACAGUGUGUGCUAUGUAGACGAUGUAAAAUGUCUCUGGGUCCUAAAGAUUUUAAAUGAUCUAUUUAUGCUGAAGUCAGUAAACGGUUGAAAAAUCCAGUUGUCUCGUUUCGUUCGCUAUGAUAACACUCAGGUGGAUGCAGAACAUACUGUUGUUUAUACAAUUAAAGUUUGUGUCUCCUAACA